AUGCCGCCGAAACAGCAACCGAGUAAGAAGGCAGAGCAAAAGAAGAAGGAGAAGAUCAUCGAGGACAAGACCUUUGGUAUGAAGAAUAAGAAAGGGGCACAAAAUCAGAAAUACGUCCAACAAAUUCAAAAUCAGAUCCGAAACAACAACACCCGUCUGGAUCUGAUCAAGGCUGCUGAGGCGAAGAAGAAGAAGGAGAUGGACGAAUUACGAGAUGUUACAAAGCUUAUCAAGCCUGUGGAGCAGAAAGUGCAAAGAGGUCCUUCUGCGGUCAUACCCUUUAUUCUUUUACGUCUCUUGGUGACCCUGAGACCGACCAUACGCUUUGACAAUUGCUCCAACUUUCAGGUCUGUAAAUACUUCCUCCAAGCUGUUGAGGAGAGCAAAUACGGGUGGUUUUGGGAAUGUCCCAAUGGUGGAGAAAAGUGUCAAUACAGGCAUUGUCUUCCGGAAGGAUACGUACUGAAGAAGGAUAGGAAGAAGAUGGAGGAGCAAGAUAAAGAGAAUCGAAUAAGUCUCGAAGAGCUGAUUGAGAAAGAGGUGAAGCGUUCGCCUUUGUACUCGCUAAGAGCUGCUCUGUCGUCGAAAAAUCUAACGAAGGUCACUCUCCAGUCUUUCGUUGCAUGGAAGAAGAGGAAAUUAAGAGAGAAGAAGCAGAAAGAAGCCGAUGAAGAAAAGGCGAAGAAGGACAAGAUCAAGGCCGGAAAGGCUUUGGGUAUGAGUGGUCGUGACUUGUUCACUUUCAAUGCCGAUGCUUGUGUUGAUGAUGAAGACGCCGAAGAUGUGGAGUUCGAGAAGGAGGAGGUUGACCCCGAUGAAAGAGUGUUCGAGAUUGACAACAGUUUCUUCAAAUUCGGAGGUAUGGAUGACGAUUUGGAUAACGAUGGAGCGGCACCUGUGGAGGGUGUCGCUGGUGCCGAUGGAUUAGCUGCAGGUGUUGGUUCUAUAGCUAUCAAUGAGGAACUGUUUGACGUUGAUGAAGGACUGGAAGGGCUAACGUCGGAUGAGGACGAACCAGCCGCCUCGCAGCUUGUGAGCUGA